AACAACAUCAACCCACAGACAAGCCUAGAAAAAGAAGACCAGUGCACCGUCGCCAUUUUGCGUGUGGUAUUUUGCUUGCUUUGGUGCACGUACAUAUCGAUUGAUUUUAUUCUUUAGAAAACGCGCACGAUGGGAGAAGAUAAAGAUCGCCGUCGCAGAUCCCGAUCAAGAGAAAGGCGACGUUCCAGGUCACGCUCACGAGAGCGCAGGGAAAAGAGAAAAAGCCGAUCGAGGUCGCCUUCCAAGCGUUCUCGCAGGCGCAAGCCUUCUCUAUACUGGGAUGUCCCACCACCAGGCUUCGAACACAUUACUCCAUUACAGUAUAAAGCUAUGCAAGCUGCGGGACAAAUACCGGCAAAUAUUGUAGCCGACACACCUCAGGCCGCAGUGCCUGUUGUUGGGUCCACGAUAACGCGACAAGCAAGAAGAUUGUAUGUUGGUAACAUACCAUUUGGUGUAACUGAAGAGGAAACUAUGGAAUUUUUCAAUCAACAGAUGCAUCUUUCUGGUUUGGCACAAGCUGCAGGCAAUCCUGUGUUAGCUUGCCAGAUUAAUCUUGACAAAAACUUUGCUUUUCUUGAGUUCAGAUCUAUUGAUGAAACAACACAGGCUAUGGCUUUUGAUGGAAUUAACUUUAAAGGACAAAGUUUAAAAAUUCGUCGACCUCAUGAUUAUCAGCCCAUGCCUGGUACUGAGAAUCCAUCUAUUAAUGUGCCAGCUGGGGUCAUAAGCACUGUUGUACCAGACUCCCCACAUAAAAUAUUUAUAGGUGGUCUUCCCAACUACCUCAACGAGGAUCAAGUAAAAGAACUGCUGAUGUCAUUUGGUCAACUCCGAGCUUUCAAUUUGGUGAAGGACUCUUCGACUGGGCUCAGCAAAGGUUAUGCCUUUGCUGAAUAUGUUGACAUCUCAAUGACUGACCAGGCUAUUGCUGGUUUGAAUGGAAUGCAGCUGGGAGACAAAAAACUGAUUGUCCAGAGAGCCAGUAUUGGCGCAAAGAACUCAACAUUAGCAAUGACGGGCGCGGCCCCGGUUCAGCUACAAGUGGCGGGCCUGACGCUGGCGGGCGCCGGGCCGGCCACGGAGGUGCUGUGUCUCCUCAACAUGGUGACCCCAGACGAGCUGCGCGACGAGGAGGAGUAUGAGGAUAUCUUGGAAGACAUCAAAGAGGAAUGUAACAAAUAUGGCUGUGUGAGGAGUAUAGAAAUUCCGAGGCCCAUUGAAGGCGUGGAAGUACCUGGCUGUGGAAAGGUGUUUGUUGAGUUCAACAGUAUUGCGGACUGUCAGAAAGCGCAGCAAACCCUCACUGGACGAAAAUUCAGCAACCGAGUCGUGGUCACCUCAUACUUCGAUCCUGACAAGUAUCAUCGCAGGGAAUUCUAAACUAAGCUAUUUUAGAAUUUUGUUUAUAACUGAUUCAAAACUCCAGAAAAAAGUGUGACAUUUUAUAGAUGAAUUUCUGUUAUCUAUGCUAUCUCGAUUAAAUUAACUACUAAAAUAAACAAGUAUAAUUUAUAA